AUGUUCGUAGAGGAAUUCCGCAAGAGCCCGAACACUUUGUGGAUCAUGAAACCCAUCGGAAGGUCGCAAGGGAAGGGAAUUUUCCUAUUCGAGCGUCUCUCGCAAAUUAGGGAAGAAAUUCGAUCUUCGCCUCUACGCCUGCGUCACUUCAUAUUCACCUCUAGGAACCAUGCCAUCUCUGUCCUUGGAGAGUGCGCAGGCAUGCACUUGACCAAUGUGGCUAUACAAAGGUUCUCCGAGAAUUACGACGAAGAAUUCGGAGGGAAAUGGUCACUGCGGAAUGUCAAACAGUUCCUCAUCACAAAGUACGGAGAGGCACGGGUCAACGAACUGAUGCUCCAGAUUCAACAGCUGAUGUUGAAGCCUCUGAUUGCCGUGUCGAAGGUCAUGAUAAAUGACAAGCACUGCUUCGAGUUGUACGGCUACGACAUCAUCAUUGAUGCCCAUCUCAAGCCGUGGCUGCUUGAGGUUAAUGCUUCACCGUCUCUUACGGCGAGUACUCCUCUCGACUACAACUUCAAAAUAGGGUUGCUGGAUGAUGUCCUGACGAUAGUGGAUAUGGAAAAAUAUCUAGCAGGCGACGAAAAGCAGAUUGGAGGAUUCGUUCUCCUCUACAAGGGGGGACCAGUCAACGAAAUGCCCGUCGAGUGCACAACGCUGAGCUACCUAGGCACCGACAUUGCGCGAGAAGCAUGCCUCAAAUACCUCGGAAAGAAGUUGGCUGCACACCGGUCGGACACUGCCGGCAGAACGAACUGCAGGGCCAACCUGGCAGCUCAGCUGCGUGGACUCUGA